CCGCGUCCCACCCAAACUACGCGCCAUGGCUCCCAACGAUGCGCGUCCCGACGAGCCCGCCAACCCCCCUCCCCCAGACGCGUCAAUCGACCACAACGCGGCCCUAGAAUACUGGAACUCGAUCCCCAACACCGUCGACGGCAUGCUCGGCGGCUAUCCACACAUCACCAAGAUCGACCUGCAAGGCUCCGCGAACUUCCUCUCCAAGCUCCGCCGCCAGCACCAGUACCACACCUCGCCGCAGUCCCCCGCCCUCCCCGCCGCCGCCAUCCCGCUGGUACCGCGCGUGGUCGACUGCGGGGCGGGCAUCGGGCGCAUCACAAAGGGCUUCUUGGUCAAUGUCGGCGCGAAGGUGGACGUGGUGGAACCGGUGAAGAAGUUCACGGACGAACUGUUGGCGACCCCUAUACCUGCGUCAGGAGACCUGUCCGCAAAAGUGGGCGCGGUGGGCGAGGUGUUCAACCUGGGGCUGCAGGACUGGACGCCGGCGGCGGGCGCGUACAAUCUGAUCUGGAACCAGUGGUGUGUGGGGCAUCUCACGGAUGCGCAGCUGGUGGCGUAUCUGCGGCGGUGUAAGGAGAGCCUCGCGGUGGCCCCGCCUGAGAGUGGAGAGGGCAGGGAGGAGCAGGCCGCGUUUCAGGGUGCGUGGAUUGUGGUGAAGGAGAAUAUGAGCACGCAUCCGAAGGGCGAGGACGACUAUGAUGAGCUGGAUAACAGUGUUACGAGGACGGAUGCGAAGUUUAGGAGCUUGUUUAAGGAGGCUGGACUCAAGUUGGUUGCGACGGAGGUGCAGAAGGGCUUUCCAAAGGUCUUAUGCCCAGUGAGGAUUUAUGCGCUGCAGGCGGAGUGAGACCUCGGGAGGAGGCUGGCACGAAACGCGACGCUGGAUGGUGCACAAAAGGUGGUAGUGAUCAAUGAUACCCAUUAGUAGCUGAUAGGAGCGCCGCUAGGUAGCAGCGAGGAAUAACAUAGCGUGACAGUCUGUUAAUGAGUGUACACA